UUAAUCUUUUAGAUUCGGUCCCACGUGUUGUAUAUAAAAGGAACCGCAGACUUGAUUUGUGCUUCAGUUUUGCUUCUUGCUUUCCUUGACAAUAAAAAGGGAUAGGGUAGUCGUCAUGAAUCACAAGCACUCUCUAUCCAGUGGUAGUCGGAGCAGUAGCUCUAGUAGCAUUAACAGUGAUGACGGGGCCAGCAAAGAGGUCAGGAUUGCUGUGGUUGGGCAAGGAGGAGUUGGAAAAUCAGCUCUGAUCGUUCGUUUUAUUACUGGAAGAUUUCUUCAUUCUUACAACCCAACAUUAGAGGACAAGUACACAAAAACAAUGCGAGUUGAGGGAGAAUCCUAUCGUCUCAGUAUAUUGGACACUGCAGGAGAAGAUGAUAGACAUAUCAUGUAUUACUUCAGUUUCUCUCACGUCCUCCUACUUCUCUUUGAUCUCAAUGACCGAUCCUCCUUUCGCAAGGCCAGACUGAUACGUCAGAAGGCAGACGCUCACUGGCACGGCUCUCGUCCGAUCUCCACGGUCCUCGUUGGCUGUAAAGGAGACAUGGAGAGGAAGGUAUCUACUUCAGAGGCUCUCGCUGUUGCUAAAGAGCUUGAUUGCUGCUAUGUCGAGACCUCAGCUGCCGAGGGUCAUAACUGUGCCCUCCCUUUUAAAACCGCCAUCAAAAUGUACUCUCAUCUCUACACUGAUCGAUUUGAUAUCAUGGACUCCGGUGAACACACCAAUAAAUCGUCCAGAGGGAUAAUCCGCAGACUCCUAAGUCCGAUGUCAUCCGGGAAAAGGGAGUCACGGGACUUGUCUCCUUUACGUCUACCGGCUGCUAGACAUUCGGAACUUUCUGUAGUCUCACCACUUCGAUCGUCAGUCUCUUUUAACAGCCAGACCCCAGAGGGACCGGAACCAAUCACUAUCACUAUCAGUAUGGAAAGCUGAUGGUUCCAUGAUUCAUUUCACACAACUGUAUUACUCAUUCACUUGUUUCUGCUUAUUAUAAAUUUUAUUAAUUUUUAAAUGCACCAACACUGUCACAUUAACUUUACCUGCUCUUCUGAUUCUAUUAAUUUUGUAAAACGGUCAUUGUGCUGUUAUAAAAUGGUAUUGUUUGAUUUUAGAAGUUAUCUUUGGCAAGCCU